CCAGUUCCCACCUGUCCCUUUUCCCAGGGCCCCCAGGAGGUGGCCCCACCCCGGGGCGGGGGCUGUAGUGGUGCUGGAGCAGAACAUUCCCGGUGCCCUCCAGCGACAGCCUCCCCGGGAGCUUCCCCUUGUCUCGGUUACCAGGAGACAGAGUCGCAUUCCAUGGGCACAUUCCGCAGCUUCCGGGCCUGCUGGGACGGCCCCGCACCUCCAGCCAUGGCGUAGGGCCGUCCCUCGGGCUGCUCCCGGCGCCAGGGGGCCAUUCCCAGGGCCAGGAUGCCUUCCCUGCCGCAGGACUCGCCCGCCGCGGGAUUGGGGACGGGGUUCCCCGUGGUGAGGGGCCCCCCCUCCGAGCUCAUAGGCUUUUAUAUCACCACCUACGAGGCGGCCUUUGGGAAGAGGCCCACGGGGUCACCCCAAAAGAUCGAGGGGUGGCGUGUUUUGGGGUUUGAGCCCCCCUGUGAAAGGAGCAUACACCCCCUCCUCGGUGUCCACACCGGCUCGGGAUACGUCACCAACAACUACUCGGCGCUCUGGUCCCUGAUCACCCCGCACGUGGAGCGUCAGGACACCGACGUGUCCACCACCUUCGAGGACUUCAAGGUCUUUGGGCGUCCGGAUUUCCAAAGGAUUUUGCCCCAGUGUGUGGAUGAGCCAGAGUGUCGGUAUCCCACUGGCUUCUCCUUUUCCCGCCUCCGUUUUGGGGAGGUGAGACCUCCAAAAUCAUCCAGAGGAAACAGCACCUGGAGCCACUGCACCAGUCCUACCCAGCCAGAUGUCCCACAGAAGGCGACAGAGCUGUUGGGUUUCACCGGGACCACCCCAAGGAGCGACCUCACCCUGCCAGAGCAGCCCGUGAGCGCCGUCCCCACCGUGUCCCCUGUUCCCCUCAGCACCCCAGGGGACACUUUUCCUCUCCCACAGCAUGACAUUGGUGAUGCUUGGAUGGAUUCAUUUCCUGACAUGUGCAGCAGCACUUACCAGCCUGCCAUGGGUUACCCCGCCCCUUUCGCCCCGCCGGAGCUCCAAGUGGGGCCCAAGGGAGUCACUACCAGGAAGGAGCCGUUGACAUACAGCACUAUCCAGAACCAGUACCUGAUCAACCUCUCACAGCUGGCCCCCAUAGCACCAGGCUGGUGGGCGCAGACUCCGAUCACCUGGGCACCGAGAUCCGUGGAGGGCAUCCAGAUCCCAAGUCCCAGUGGCUUCAGCACCAACAACCGCCCCACCAACCUGUGGCACAUCAGUGACCCCCUGACCUGAUCCCCCAAAAAAGUGCUGCCACAUCCCGGGAGUCCCAUCCUUGGCUUUUCCCAAAUCCCCGUGGGAGGA